UGCGCGGCUGAGCCCCCCGCUCCUUCCCUGCCAGGUAGGAGAGCCAAGGAGAUCAUCGCGAGUGCCCGGGAGAGCCUGGCGAGGAUGGUGGGAGGAAGGCCGGAGGACAUCAUCUUCACGUCGGGGGGCACGGAGGCCAACAACUUGGUGAUCCACACGGCGCUGAGGCACUUCCGAGAGAGCCGGCAGCAGGGCCAGGCCGGGCCCGGUGGCGACAGCGCUGGCGUGCCGCUGGAGCACCUCGUGGAACAGGGCCUGGCAGAAGCCACCUUUGUGCCCGUGUCCACACGAAGCGGGCGGGCCGAAGUGGAUGAUGUCCUGGCCGCGGUGCGACCGACCACAUGCCUGAUCUCCGUCAUGUUGGCCAAUAAUGAGACUGGUGUCGUCAUGCCUGUCUCGGAGCUGAGCCAGCGCGUCCAUGGCCUCAACCAGAAGAGAGUGGCAGCGGGGCUGCCCCGCGUCCUGGUGCACACGGAUGCGGCCCAGAUGAUCGGCAAGGGCCGCGUGGACGUGCAGGAGCUGGGUGUGGACUACCUCACCAUCGUGGGGCACAAGUUCUACGCCCCGCGGAUUGGCGCGCUGUACGUGCGUGGCCCCGGCACUGCCACCCCGCUGCACCCCAUGCUCUUUGGCGGGGGGCAGGAGAGGAGCUUCCGUCCAGGCACCGAGAACACCCCGAUGAUUGCUGGCCUCGGCAAGGCCGCAGAGCUAGUAAUUAAGAACUGGGAGGUGUACGAGGCUCACAUGCGGGACGUCCGGGAUUAUCUGGAGGCCAGGCUGGAGGCCUCCUUCGGGAAGCAGAGGAUCCACCUCAACAGCAAGUUUGCAGGUUCCAAGCGGCUCUGCAACACCUGCAACUUCUCCAUCCUGGGCCCAGGCCUUCAAGGGCACAGGGUGCUGUCACGCUGCAAGACGCUUCUGGCCAGUGUUGGAGCCCCCUGCCACUCAGAGAAGGGCGAUAGGCCCUCCUCCAUUCUGCUCAGCUGUGGGAUCCCCUACGACGUGGCGCAGAACGCCCUGCGGCUGAGCGUGGGCCGCGACACGACGCGGGCGGACGUGGAUUUGGUAGUGCAGGACCUCGUGCAGGCCGUGGCGCAGCUGGACCAGGACAGAGCUCUGUGGGCCCAGGAAAUCUCUCCCUAG